AAAAUGGGUAAUAGCAAUAAAGUUUAACAAAAUGUCAUUCAUAUUGAAUUUAUGACUGCAAAAUAAAAAAUACGAAAGGAUAAAGCCUUGAUAAAGAAUUAAGUUCAUUAAAGUGAUAAUGAACAUCUUUAGGAUAUAAUAUGCAUUUAAGAUUUAACUUAAUAUUAUGAAGUUGACUUUCGAUAAACAAUACUAACUUCAGAUGAAACUAUUCAUGUCAAGGUAAAAUUAUGUAAAUAAAUCAGAAAAUUGUUGAUCUAGUUGUGAACCCAAAUUCUAAGACUCCAAAGAACUUAAUUUAAAUUAGCGAGUUCUUUAAGUAGAAUGUGAAAUCCUUUUAAAUUUUUUUUAAUAACCAAAUGUUUUCCUAAGAUGAAUAAUAAUAUUAAUUUGCUUAUGAGCCACUCUAUAUAGAAGUAAUUUACAAACCUAAACACUGGAUGGAAAAGGCUGUUGAGAAAUUUAAGACUUAUACAAGUAAGCUUAUGUCAGCCCUUGGGUUUAUUUCAAAAUUUGCCUAUAUAGCGAUUCCUUUAUACACUAGUUUAUCUGCUUUAUAACCUUUUGUGUUGCCAACUUUAAAGACAGCUAAAGUUGCUUUGAAAUCAACUUCAAACCCUCAAGCAUAAACUGCCCAAAAUUUAGUUAAAUUUUUGAUCAAUUCUUUAAAGAGAGCAUCAUAUAUUGCUGCUCCUAUUAUAUCUCUUUUGGCAUAAUAUAUGCCAUAUUCAAAAACUAUUUGUACAGGAAUAGGCCUAUAUCUGGGUAAAGGAAUAUUAUGGAAUGUCAUAAAGUUAGGAGUAACAAUAUUUUGUCCAUUUUUGGCUCCAUUACUAAUGAUAUUUGGAUGA